CCGGGGGUUGCCGUGGCGACGGGCUAAACCAGCCUCAAAGCCGCUCCAGAAGGAGAAGGAGAAGCCGGAGGAGGCGAGGCUCCUUGGAUCCAACAUGCGAGGCGAGGCACGGAGGAGCCGGGCACCGCCACGAAGGUACGCGGCGGAGAGAUGUCCCAGAUCACGUAGUAACCUUUGAUCACACAAGAAAUGCUUCUUCGCCAUUAUAUGCAAUUUUCCCUGGAAGAGAGCAGCAGAGGACAAAUAAUUAAAUCAUGAAAAACAUCAAGUAUCUGAAAAUAAACCUCCUUGCCUGCAUGAGGACCAGGUUUCUUCUCUGCAUGUAAGGCCACACUGAUGACUCUGGAGAUGUGCCUGCUCUUUAAUGUGAGUACCCAGAGAGCAGAGCCCUGCUGUUUGUGGUGAGGACUUCGAAACACCAUCUGAGCAGUCUGGCAACUCCUUCAUCCUUUUGCCCUCUCCCUUCUAAAAACAUCAGUCUGUUAGAUCAUCCGUGUCAAUUUGCUAUGACAUACAUCAACGCUGAUGAGAGGCAGGAGCACUGUCGGGUAAUUUUGAGCUGCCAGAAUAAUCAGCUGUAUGCACAACAUGGCUUAAAGAAUUUCUCAAUUAACGGCAUGCAUCCAGCAAAGAACUUGGACUCUGGUAUUUUUACUGGUGACUUUAAUCCUGUAAGAAAGACAGACAGCAACUCAGGGACACAUCUGUAUCGGAGUAUGGAGAACCUGCACUGGGCUACAGUGGCUGACUCCCAUGGCCAUCCCCGUUGUGGGAGUGUUGACAGUGAACUUGUUUUCCAUUACAGAGGCACAGCACAUUGGUCCAAGUAUUCCAUGGAGGGCUCCCCAUCCCCCAGCUCACCUGAAUGCUGCCGACACUUUCCCCUUCUCUCAGAGCGGAUGCCAUCUGCAUCGCGAGACAUAGCCCUUCCUCCUUGUGCCAAAGUGCCUCCAUGGCUUUUCUCCUCAAUAGAUGGGGAUGCCAAGAAAACCUUGAAAGAAAAACUUAGAACUCACAGCACUAAAGUAGCAGAGGGUUGCAAGCCUGUCAGACCACAAGCUUCAUUGAAUGAUCUGGUGGCAAGGGAAUGCUCUGAAUGUCGAGCGUGCAAGCAGUAUAAGAACGGUUGUUCAGUGAAUUGUUGCACCAUAUUUGUGCAGCACGCUAGCCUUGUUCAUGAACCAUGGAUGGCUCUGGGGCAGCAACGCCCGUGUUUUUCUCGCAGGUUAACCAGUCCAGAGGACAUCAAACAGGAAGCUCAGAGAAAGUUGCAGAUCAGAAGACAGAACAGCUCACCCAAUUUGACCCUCCACUGUGCCAGUGAUGAUCAGGAUAUGGUCAAAUCCCAAACUACAGGAUCUUUAAAAGGCUGUAUGGGAGAAGUGGAUACAAAUAAGUCUUUGACACUGAACAGAAAAGGAGACUGCAAAGAAAGGCUUUACAUUCCAACUUUUGAAGAAUUUAAGAGGAUGAGAAUCAAGGAGACAUGUUUUCUCCAUGGGAGCAGUGAGACAGCAAAAGACAAGAAGAAGCUGGCUCCAGAGUUAGAAGAAAAAGGAAAUAAAAACCUUUAUUCAGGUGCUGACCAGGAUCUUGCUAAAGAAUCUGUUUCAGCACUGGAUGAUUAUGAUGAAGUGUUUCAUGAAAAUGCCCAGAGUGUUUCUGAUCUUAUCGGCUAUCAAGACACUUCAUCCACAUGGGACAGGAGUCUCUGCCUGAUGAAUACACAAAUGGCUAAGGACAGGAAUGAUGAAGUGGCAUCUUCAGAUACAACCUCAGUCCCUAUUUGUUCUAGUCCAGUUCCAAGACCACUUCUACAAUCUUCUGCUGUUUCAAGGGAGGUGAAAGCUCUGGAAGGAGUGGAGAAGCAAGGAUUGGAUGAAAGACAAUUCACCAAUGUCCUUCAACAUGCUGGACAGUCCCUUGCACCUGAAACCCAGUCUUCUUGCUGCCCAAUGCUAUUAGAAGUGACAGAUAUAUCCAGCUAUGGAGCUAAGCUACAGAAAAUGAAGGAUGAAUUUAUAGGUUCUGCAUUGGACCUCAUUAAAAAGAGUUGCAAUGCUGAAACUGCCUCUGACCCCUCCAAAGGAUCAUGUGAACUCAAGAAGACUGAUUCCUCUUUUGUGGAGGAUUCUCAUCAACCCACAAGCUCCAAUUCCAACUGCCGCAGAUCCAGUUCUGACAUCUCCCACGAACCUUCAGACUGCACCAAGGCUCAGCGGGAGUGUCGGCUACGGCCCCAUUUCAGUGAUCCAAUGCCAACAGAUGCUGUGAAGAGGAAACAACUGGAAAUGAAGAUAGCAGCAGCAGCCCGGCAACAUGCCCAGAAGCGCCGACAAGAGAGAGAUCCCAGCUCUGUAUUCCCCAAAACAAACAGCAAUUACACCAGCAACUAUGAUGAGAACCAUCGGGUACUGAGUGGCUCCUUUCGUUCCAAAUACCGCUGGAGCAAUGUCAGCAGUCUCAGCGCUGACAGUGGCAUUGUGGGUGGCAAUGAGGAGAGAGACAAUGCUGAUAUCAGUAGUGGAGGCACACCAAGGAUGAGAUCGGCGGUGAUGGAGCGGGCAGACAGUGGCAUCAGCCAAGUGCUGAGCAGGAAGUGGAGAAGCCGGGCAUCAGAAACAUUGACCUCUCUGCAGGCCUGGGAAGCCCAUCAACCUUGCACCGACUGUGGUGGGAGAGAUUUCCCACUGGAGACAGAUGUUCAGAACCAGAACAAGAGACGGGCCACCCUCUGCGAGAAGUGCCUGAAGUGCCGGACAGAACGAAAGGAGUCGGUGCUGGAGUUUGUCAAUACUGAAGCCAGUUAUGGGGAGGACCUCCGCAUCAUCAAGGAGGAGUUCUAUCUCCCCAUGCAGGCUGCUGGCCUCUUAACACAGGAACAGCUGCUGGUAGUUUUCAGCAACAUACAGGAGCUGAUUGAUCUCAACGAAAACUUUCUAGAGUAUCUGCAGGAAGAGAUUGAGCAGGCAUUUGAGCAGGGUGAUGAUGACCUCAUGACUGUGUGCAUUGGCGAAAUAUUCCUUGAGUUUGUCAAUAUGCUGCCUGCUUUCCAGACAUACUGUCUUCAGCAGUCAUCUUCAGUGAACAUGCUCAAUGCGUUGGAAAAAGAGAAGGAGUUACUCAGGAUAUUCCUCAAUGUUUCACAAAACGACAACACAGCCCUCCGACGAAUGAAUCUGCGAUCCUUUCUCAUGGCUCCAUUGCAGAGAGUUACUAAAUACCCGCUUCUGCUGAGCCGCAUCAUCAAAGCCACCAUUGAGUACCACCCAGAUCAUAGCAGCCUGAGGGAGGCAAAGAGCCGCAUCGAGUCCCACCUGGAGCACAUCAACAUGAAAACCAAGCAGGAAGGGAACUCCUGGACUCUCCGUUCCUUCCGCCAGGACAGCAAGAAGAACAGGGAAGUCAUUAAUAUUGAGAUGAGGGAAACUGCUAUCAAAACUGUGGGCUGGCUGAGGGAAGAAACCCGUUUUGUUAUGGAAGGGCCCCUACAGCUUGCCCAGCCACCUGAUGGGCAGUGGGUGAAAAAGGGCAGCAAGACUCUGAAGUUCCAGAACAUGCAAGUGCUCCUCAUGGUCAACAUCCGGCGUGUGUCCGAGUCCAGUUUUGAACCUGGGGAGCCAGGGCUUGUGAAAGACGCAGUAUUGGUACUUAUUAGGGACAAAAACAAUGGCAAGUUUAGUCUGCUCAGGGAGCCCCUGAGACUGAGUAAUUGUGUGGUUUCUGUGGAUCCCGACUGCGAUGACACCUUUGAACUUCUGGAGAUCAGACGGGAAUCCUUUGUGUUCCGAGACAGUGACAAGGCACGGACUCACCACUGGUUCAGGCAGAUACGGAGGUACUCCCGGGAGCUGGGCUCCUGGAAGAAACGGCGCAACGCCUUGCCCAACAUCAUGAUAACUGCAUCCCACAACAGGUCUUGAAACAAUCCUGGCUGUGUGGUGAUUCAGCUAAGCUCAGAAAUUCCACUAGACCAGCUUUCAGUGGGAAAGCACAAAGGAUGUUCUUCACCUGGCCAAAUAGCACUAGAGCUACCUAUGAUGACUUCUUUUUCUACUAAGAGACUUUAUAACAAAUACUAUUUAAAAAAACAGUGUUUCUCAAAUCCUAGGAAAAUUGUGUCCCAUUUUAAAAUUUAGUAGAUCUUCCACACAAACCAACCUAGAAACCUCACUGGGUAUACCUCCUGGGUCCUACACUUUUAUGCCACUUUGCCUCCUGCUCUAUGGGCCCUGAUUUGUUUCCUUCUUUAGGCAAUACAGUUGAUCCACUUCACACCUUUCCUCUUUUUAAAUAGCAUCAGGUCCCCAACUCUACACCAUGUGUAGCUUAAGGUGACCCACAACAACUGCAAGCAUACAAUUCUACUUCUCCUUUUCAGAAAACCCAUGGAGAUCAAAACUCAUUAUGGAAAAUACAGCUUAUAGGGUUGCUACUAAUAAGACAUAUAAAACCUUGCCACUUUUUUGAGUUCUUUCCAUAGGCCUACAUUGCCCCGUUUUGAGAAACACUGUCUGAAGGGUUGAUAAGAAGUUGCCAUCGUGGGAGGAGGCUGGUAGCCAUCUGGUUAUUUGCAGUGAUUUAGUGCUUUGGUAGCAAGAAGUACUGUUAGCUUGAAAACUACCUGUUAAUUGUUGAAUGGAGGUUAUGAACAAGGGCCCUUGCACGGACUCUAGGAAUGCUCUGGGCAACCACCCUAAGGAGUAGUCUUGAUUCUGGGCAGUGGAAAUCUUUUGCACAUUUUGUAAAUAGGCAAAACAGAAAAGACAAGGAAAUGUUGUCUGUUUGGAGGCAACGAGGGAUUUAGUGUUUGAAGACUUGCUCAAGGGUGGGGGGGCAGGCCCUUUGGAAUUGUGGCCUACUUGGGAGAUGUUUCUCUAUGGCAAUUGGGGUUAUUGGCAACAGAUCAUGUGGAGCAGGUCUCUAGAAAAAAUGAGCUAAUAUUGUUAAUGUUAUGGGGGUAAGAUAAUGACUGUGAGGUGUUUGACACUGCAUGAUUGUGAUGGGAAAGGAAUCUAACUAUUUAUGAUAGAGGUUUCAUUGUACGUAUAUUAUAACAGCAUUAGGCAACAUCCAGGUCAAUUUUAGAGCAGUAUUAACCCAGUUAAGGAGAAUAGUUAAACAGUAUAAUUAUCUUCAUUUCAGCUUGCUCUCCCAGAAGUAUUCCCUUUAAUAAUUGUUUUGAUUCUCCUUCUUAAAAAACUUACCACUUCUGUCCGCAAGUAGAUGAAGGUUUACUGAGUUUUAUUUUGCAUUGAUUGCAUGUAAACUGAACAUGUGACAUGUAAGCUGAAAGGAAAGCCAAAAUAUAAUCCUAGUUCGCCCAUAAACAUUCCAGAAUAGCUAUAGAUUUCUGUGGCUAAGCAAUACUCUCUCCCUUUAAGGAUCACUGGAUUUGUUUGUAAGUAGUUAAAAAUCCAUUGUAGAAACCCAAGGAAUGUGAGACAUCAGAAAUAGUGCUGACCUGUACUUGUUAACGAAAGCUAAAUUGCCUCUUCUGAGUUGUGAUUAUUUAAAUGAUGUAAUCUAGUGUAUUUCAAAAUUUUAAUGAAUAUGUUAUAUUGUAGAAAACAUAAAAUGUUUUAAUAAUUAUGUUUCAUUGAGAUUUAAGUGACCUUCCACUUCCUUUAAAAAUUAAUAUAUGAUACUAUGGAAAAAAGGGAACAAAAUCUCUGCAUCUUUUCCUGUUCUAUGGCCAACUUACAUCAAGGUCUGGUACACUUUAAGCUCUUAGCUAUUUUUAAAAUCACUAGAAUUUAGAAUUAGAUCAUAUUUCCAGAACAGCCUUACUGAGAUUUAUGGUUCCCCUUCUUUCACUACUGUCUACUCCAGUGGCUCUCAAUCAGUGGGUCCCCAGCUGUUUUGGCCUACAACUCCCAGAAAUCCCAGGUGGUUUAGCAACUGUUACGAUUUCUGGGAGUUGAAAGUCAAAACAUCUGGGCACCCACAGGUUAAAAACCACUGGUCUACUCCAAAUGAGAGCAAGGCUAUAGCGAACCCAUUGGCUUCCAUUAAAUUGCAGUAUUCUGGAGCAAGGAGCUUUUGUCAACAAGAAAGUAUUUGUCCACACGACCUCUUCUUCGUGGCUUACCAAAAAUAGGAAUAUUCAUUCUUCCAAAGGACUGAAAGUGAGGAUGUUUUUCCCUCUAUUUCUAUUUUAUCUUCACAACCAGCCAAAGAGGUAAGUCUGAGAGGGUAGCUCCCUAGUUACUUGGUCCUAAAUUAUUUUAGUCCUGAGUAGUCCCGUUCAGUCCAUAAUAUUUAUCUACGUAUUGACUCAUCAAAGACUGAAUAGGUAUACUCCAGUUGGCAUUAACCAACAGGGUGCCAACUAUGCUGUUUGUGUCUGAGCAUUCCAUGAUUGCCUCCAUCGUAAUGUAGCAUUUUAACUGCUACAUCACCCAGCAAGUACACAAGAAGUGUAUGGAGAGUUUGCUUAUGGCCAGCAAAGGUCUUGCCUGGUCUAAAAUGUAUUUAGUGGGACUUACUUAUUUAGGCGAUCCCUCAUAGUUCGAGGAUAAUGGCCCUCAAUUUAGUGGGAAUACAUGAGUACAGAUUAAUGGAUUAUUUUAUCUUGCCAUGUGCCUGAAUAAAAAAGGGCACAUUUUACUAGAAUAUGUUAUCUAGUGCUUAGGAAUACUCAAAAGUGCUUCACCUUUACCUUCCUCUGAAAUACAUCUUACAUGCUAAACUAUAUUUCAGAGAAAGGUAAGUCCAAGUACUCACCAGAACUACUACUUAGCUUACAAGAACAGACAGGAUCUGGUGCCUUCAGGUUAUUUAGGCCUCAGUUUCACUCUAGAAUGAUUUACCAAUUUAUUGUACCUAAUUCUGUGUUAUUUGCAAUGCCAACAAAUCACACAAUUUGAACAGUGUUUUUCUUUUAUUUAUCCACAUUUACAAAGAAGUAUUUUCUUCUCAGUGAAUGUUUUUUAGAAAACGUAACCAGAACAAGGCAAAGGUUUACAAAGAUACUUACAGCCACUAAUUAUCAUAAAAUACAAAGAUUUUCUGGAAUUCUUUGGACGCAAUCUUUAGCAAAAGAAACUUUUAAGACAAGGGGAGAAAACUAUCUGAUGAGUGUACAACAUAAAAGAUGCUCUAGCAGAACAAGACUGU